AUGGAUUUUUAUUGGCUUCCAGCACCUCCGCCCACCGCUGGCCGCUGGGUUGCCUCUGCGAAGGCCCCGAUGGAGGACUUGCAGGUGAUUGGCACGAUUCAGCCAUCGGAGGCGCCGCUGCACCUCGUCGGCUUUGACCCUGGAGAGGAGCUACUCUGGUCAGCGAGCCAGGCCGGCAUGGUUUACGCGCACCUCAUGCUCUCGGGCGCACCGCACGUUGCAUUUCGGACGGACCGGGAGAUGUCGCCGGCGGUGGCGGUGUUUCCGCACAGCUCGGGGUUGGUGACGCUCACCUACGCCGCGGCACACUUUAUCUCGCGCGGCGGCGUCGAGCUCGCCGAGGUGCGGCACGAGUCGCUCGGCGUCCUCUCUGCCGGAGUGAUGUGCGCGAGCGGCCGGACGCCAGCCGUCGCCCUCUGCGGGGCGGGCACGGCAGACGGCACAGAGGGGAGCGGACCGAGUUUGGCGCUGAUGGAUCUCUCCACCGCGCAGCUCACGGUGCAGCUGCCGCUCGAGAUAGUUCCGACCGUCGCUCGGUGGGAGGGUCGGUCCGGGCUGCUUGUCCUGGGCGGCGGCGACGGCCUCGCUCGCGUCUUCGACGUGCGUUCGGGCGUGAAAGCGGUCGGCGCAGCGCCGCUCUUCCCGCGCGGCGUCAUCCACGACCUAGACGUGCAGGACAACUCGCUCGCCGCCAGCGCCCUCCGCGCGCAGCUUGGCCCGCUUGGCCACGAUGAGUACGUCUUUGACUCGAACCUGCGCACCGCGGACCUCCGCCAGCUGUCGCGGCCCGGCGCGCAGCUCUUCUUCGCGCCCGGGAUGACGGCGCCGUCCGAGGUCGCGACCGGCGCGGCGCACCGCGGCGGCCAGCUGUGCGCGCUCAGCCUCUCCUCGUCGGGCCUGCUCGUCGCCGCUUCCGACUCGACCGGCUGCAUCGACGUCUGCGCGCCCACCGAGCAGACGCAGAUCGCCGUCAACUUUUCGCCCGAGCCGGCCGACCCGCUCCCCUUCCUCGCGUGGGGAGAGCCGCCCAGCGCGCUCGGGCUCCUCCCCGACCCGCCGCCCUACGCCGAUGCCCCGCUGGCGAGCGACUGGCCCGCAAAGCAGCUCGGCAAGCGAGGCACGCGGUACGCCGAGCCGGAGGUGCUGCUCGCCACGAUCCGCUCGCUGGCGCCCAAGCAGCACGUCUCCUUCGGCGCAGUGCCCGCGAUCUACAUCCCGAACACAGAGACUCGCUUCGGUGGCGACGCGGAGCCCGCCGAGACGAGGAGUGUGCAGUCGAUGGUGACCAAGCUGCAGCUGCCCGGCGGGGGCGAGGGAGGCGCGCCGCCGCGCUUUGUGGAGGCGCUCGGCGCGUGCUUUUGCAGCGAGUCGACGUCGCGCGCGUGGCACGCGCCGAGCAAGACGUACCGCCGCUGCACCAUGCGCAAGGUGAUGAUGCGCACACCCGGCGUCCUCCUUUUGCUGUGCGAUGAGCUCGGCGGCAGCGUGAUGGAGGAGUGGGAGGCGGCGCACGGCGAGCCGUGGCUGCCGAGUGCCUUUGGGCUAUCGCUGCCGAGCGAGCGGCAGCGCGGCGUGGCGAACGCUGCUGCCGACGGCGGCGUAGGCGGGGAGUCGGAGGGGUCGGGGCUUCCCGCCGAGGAAGGAGGUGACGCCGCCACAGCAGAGCCGGCGGCGGAGGGCGUAGAUGCGCCGGCUGUGCGCGCGCUCGAGGCGGGCGGCGGCGUCGGCGACGGCGAGCAGGAGUACGAGCUGCGGGGGCUGAUGAGCUUCACCAGAAGCACGUUUGUCCACGCCAAGGAAGGCUCGGGCCACCUCACCCUCUCUUUCCGCGUGCCCAAGCUCGACACGCCCCCCGCACGCACGGCGGCGGCGGGCUUCGAGAGUGCGGCGCCGUCGACCGCUGCAGCGGCGACCCCGUCCGUUGGGCGGGACUCGGCGGUGGCGCCUGAGUACACACCGGAGGCGGCCGCGGCGGCUUGGGACGGCGCGGCGGAGUGGUUCGUGUGGAACGACUUUGCGCUCGGGCCCGCGGCAGAGGAGGAGGUGCGGCGGGCGCACUCGCUCUGGAAGCGGCCGGCCAUCGCGGUCUACACGCGGCGGAGCCUGGCUGUCGACCUCACAGCGCUGCCCCUCCGGCCCGCCGAGCGUAUGGCUGUUGCGGCUGACAUCGCGCCGGAGUAUUCGCUGCUGGAGGUGCCGGCGCCUGCGGCCGGCUCAGCCAUCUCUGCUGCAGGCUUCAAGCCCUCCUUCAAGCCGCUCGGCUUGUCGGAGCUUCCGCUCGCCACUGGCCAGCUCGUUGCGAUCGACGCCGAGUUCAUCGCCGUGACGCGGCGGGGCAAGCGAGGCGCCAACGUGGUGGUCAAGCCGGCGCGGCUCGCGCUUGCGCGCGUGUCUUGCGUGCGCGGCCAAGGGCCGCACCACGGCGAGGCUUUCGUCGACUCGUACAUCGCCCAGGCGGAGCCGGUGGUCGACUACCUGACGCGCUUCUCUGGGCUGCGGCCGGGGGACCUCGACCCGUCCGUCUCGCCGCACCACAUCACCACUAUGAAGGCGGCCUACCUCAAGCUGCGCCAGCUGGUCGACGCUGGCUGCGUCUUUGUUGGGCACGGCCUCAAGAAGGACUUCGAGAUGAUCAACAUGCGAGUGCCGCCUGAGCAGGUGCUCGACACCGUCGAGCUCUUCUGGGCGCCUGGCAAGCGCCGCAUCUCGCUCCGCUUCCUUGCCUUCCACAUGUGCGAAAUUCACAUGUCCAACCGGCUCCACGACACGCACGACUCGAUCGAGGAUGCGCGGACUGCCCUGCAGAUCUACGACAAGUACGUUGAACUUCGUGCCCAGGGGCAGGCUGUCCUCGACGCUGCGAUUGAUGAGCUCUACCGUGUCGGCCGAGAGAUGAGCUGGGAGUUUUCUUUGUAA